AUGUCUCACGACAUCAGAACGGCCGCGCAGCCGAACGACGAUAUUCGUCUGGAGAAGGGCGCUGCUCACGUCAACCAGCUCAACGAUGUAGCUCUUGACGACAAGGUCCUCAACUCGGAGGCCCAGCAGGCCACCGACGCCGAGCAUAGCUUCGGCGUUUGGCAAGGUCUGCGGACAUACAAGCGUGCUGCUUUCUGGUCUAUCCUCAUCUCGACCACCGUCAUCAUGGAGGGUUAUGAUGUGACUCUGAUUGGUUCUUUCUACGGCUACCCGGCCUUCCGAGAGAAGUACGGCGAAUGGCUCAACGACAAAGACAAAUACCAAAUCUCCUCCACCUGGCAACAGCGAUUCAACUGUCUCGGUGCUUUGGCAAACAUCGUCGGUGCCCUCUUGAACGGAUGGCUCACCCCCAAGUUCGGCCACCGCUGGAUUCUGAUCGCAUCUCUGGGAUGGCUCACUGCCUUCAUCUUCGUCGUCUUCUUCGCCCACAACAUUGAGAUCCAAUUGCUCGGUCAGGUCCUGUGUGGUGUGCCCUGGGGUGUUUUCGCCACCACUGGUCCCGCCUACGCCGCCGAGGUCACUCCCCUGGCCAUCCGUGGUUACCUGACCUCCUACGUCAACCUUUGCUGGUGCAUUGGCCAAUUCAUUUCUGCCGGUGUUCUCAAGGGCCUGGUCAACAGACCGGAUGAGUGGAGCUACAAGAUUCCCUUUGCUGUUCAAUGGGUGUGGCCCAUUCCUCUGGCCAUUGCCGCUUACUUGGCUCCCGAAUCGCCCUGGCACCUUGUCCGUGCCGGCAAGCUUGAGGAGGCCAAGAAGUCAUUGGAGCGACUUUCCGAACCCGAGCACAACGUAAACCACGACAACACCAUUGCCAUGAUGGUCCACACCAACAAGCUUGAGAUUCAGGAGCAGUCUGGCGCCAGCCUCUUCGACUGUUUCAAGGGCACGAACUUGCGCCGUACCGAGAUUGCAUGCAUGGCUUUCCUGUCUCAAAUCACCAACGGUGGCGCGCUAUGCUACUCUGGAUCCUUCUUCUUCCAACAGACCGGUAUCUCUGCUGACGCCUCGUACGCCAUCAGCUUGGGCGGUACCGGCAUCGCCUUUGUGGGUACCAUCAUCUCUUGGUUCUACAUUUACAAGCUUGGCCGCCGCACCAUCUGGAUUUGGGGUUUCGGCUUCCUCGUGCUCAUCCUGUGGACCAUCGGCUUCCUUUCCGUCGCCCCAAAUCAGACGGAUCCUAUCAUCUGGGCCCAGUCGCUGCUUUGCAUUGUAUGGCUCGGUGCCUACUCCAUGUCCGUCGGCCCCAUCGUUUACACGCUCGUCGCCGAAAUCGGAUCCACCCGUCUGCGAACCCAAACUGUCGUGUUGGCCCGUAGCACGUACUACGUCGGUAACAUCAUCUGUGGUGGUAUUCUCCAGCCCAAGAUGCUGGCACCCGGUGACUGGAAUAUUAAGGGCAAGACUGCCUUCUUCUGGUCGGUCCUUGCUACCUUGACCUUUGUUUGGGGUUUCUUCCGUCUCUUCGAGACCAAGGGCCGCACUUUCGGCGAGAUGGAUGUCAUGUUCCAGAAGCGUAUCUCGGCCCGCAAAUCGGCCAAGUACCAGCUCACCCAGGAGGAGGUUUUCUUGGCGGAGCAGACGCAAGACGUUCCCGGCCGGUCGGAGAAGAUCUGA